AGCGAGCAGAGACGCCGAAGACGAUCGACUCGGCAUGUGACAAAUGUUGCGGCGGCGAGCUACUUCAGCCUCGCCCGUUCUUCAGGUUUCAGCGUGGUGAAGUGGGAGCAACCACGAUGAAGCUGCUAAAGCCAAACUGGGUGACCCAUGACGGUCACCCAAUAUUUUCGGUAGACAUCCAUCCCGAUGGGUCCAGAUUUGCCACAGGUGGCCAAGGUUCAGACUGUGGCCAGAUCUGCAUAUGGAACAUGGCUCCUGUAGCAAGGGAGGAAGAGGAGCUGAGCGAUUCGGUACCGAAGCUGUUGUGUCAGAUGGACAAUCACUUGGCGUGUGUCAACUGUGUCAGAUGGUCCUCCGAUGGUCGACACCUCGCCUCUGGUGGUGACGACAAGGUCAUCAUGAUAUGGAUGAUAGGGCGGUAUGGCAUGAGCUCCUCGGGAAUGUUUGGUGGUGGAGGCAAGUCCAAUGUGGAGCACUGGAAGUGUGUCAGCACUCUAAGGGGCCAUUCUGGAGACGUCCUGGAUCUGGCCUGGUCUCCAUUCGAUACUUGGCUUGCAUCAUGUAGUGUCGACAACACUGUGGUCAUCUGGAAUGCCAAGAGAUGGCAAGAAAUGUUGGCGGUACUAAAAGGGCACACUGGCCUCGUGAAAGGAGUCUCGUGGGAUCCAGUUGGAAAGUACAUAGCAUCUCAGUCUGACGACAAGAGCUUACGGGUCUGGCGGACUCACGACUGGCAACAGGAGUGCAUCAUCACCGAGCCAUUUGUGGAGUGCGGAGGAACCACCCACAUCUUGCGGCUGAACUGGUCUCCUGACGGCCAGUACCUCGUCUCUGCACAUGCCAUGAACAAUGCUGGCCCUACUGCACAGAUUGUGGAGCGCGACAACUGGCGAACCAACAAGGACUUUGUUGGCCACCGUAAAGCUGUCACAUGUGUGAGAUUCAACCCGCACAUCCGAUCAAGAGUCAACAAGGACAACAACAAGACACAAACCUUUUGCUGCUGUGCCAUUGGAAGUCGGGACAGGUCCCUGUCUGUCUGGCUAACCUGUCUGAAGAGGCCUCUCGUUGUGGUGCAUGACCUCUUCUCCAACUCAGUGUUGGACAUAUCUUGGAGUCAAGAAGGUAACCAGCUACUGGUGUGCUCCUGGGAUGGCACUGUGGCCUAUAUCGACUUCACUGAGGAGGAAAUCGGGGUGCCGAUUAGUCCUGAGGAACGAAACGUGUGGCACCAGAAAUUGUAUGGCAAAAGCUUAUCGGGUCCGGGGAGCCAGCAGCGGCAGUCGGGCACCACCCUGGUUGAAGACCCCGAGGUGUUGAAGGCCCAGGAGCAAUACUCCAAAGCGCAGCAGCAGCAGAGGACGGUGGCUUCAACCCUAACCAAAGAAGUCAAUGGUGUCACGCCUUCGGCAAGCCCAGCUACAGCUACGAGCAAUGCGCCUACGAGUUCAGCAAACUCGGUGGUGCGACCCAUCAACACCAACAGCAACAGUAGCCGCCCUAUGUCACACAUCAAGGGCCCCACUGACAAGCAAAUAGAAACGAGAAUGCCCGACGGGCGUCGCCGGAUUACACCGCUCUUCAUUCCUCCUGAUCCUGAAGUCGGAGAUGUUCCCGUGCCGUUCAACAGUCAAGCAUUGCCCAACUUCAGCUCGUCCACUGAGAGCAAAAGCAGGAUCGUCAUAGAGAAGCGAGACGAGUCCUCCAGCGUUCCUGCAACCGAUCUCUGCGACAAGUCCUCGGACAAGGCUCCGGCUGCCAAGGAAGACCAGGCAGCAACACCUGCAACACAAGGUCAAGUUGCAGAGAAAGAUACACCUGCCACCACAGCGGUGAAUGCUCUGCCAAACUCCGCUCCCCCGGCUGUGUCAGCGGCACCUUCUGACCAGUCUGAGAAGCCAGCAGUCAAGCCAGCUAGUGAAUCGCUGAUGCCGACGGGAAAGCGGAAAGCCACAGAGACGACCCCAGUCGUGGCAAGGCCACCUGAGAAAAAGCGCGGUCGACCUCCGUUAGACCGGACACUACAGUUUCAGCAGCAACAGCAGCAGCAGCAGCAACAACAGCAGCAGGCACAGAAAGAAACCUCUGGCCACACGGCUACCAAUGCCCACCAGUCUGCACCAGUUCCCCACCGGCAACAAGCCAUGUUUCCAGCGCUAAAGCAAAGCAUGCCAGCCACGGUGAAGGUGGCAUACCUCGAAGACACUAAGGUACUGAGGAGCAUUCAGCUGCAGACAGACAUUCCAGUACCAGGAUCACGGACAGUCAGCAAGGUGCGAUGCAGUGAGGAGGAGACUGUCUUCUGGGAACACCUGGUUUCAGGUCGAGGAGUGGCCCUCGCCGCUAGCAGUCACGUGGUGUGUGUGGUGUGUGAAGACCGGACUUUGACGGCCCUGUCAUGCGUGACGGGUGCCAAGCUCAUGCCCCCACUGCUGCUGUCGUGGCCCGUCGCCCACAUGCUGUGCAAGGGCAGCUGCCUGCUUGUCCUUACAACGCAUGGCUCGGUGCACGUUUGGGACCUGAGCAAGCGCGUCUGCACAGUGCGUGAUGAAUCAGUGGCCCUCUUGUUCCGUGACACGUCGGGAGCCACGCUCCGCGCUUCCAGCAUCACGGAUGAGGGCCUGCCGCUGCUCACGCUCACGACGGGCAAAUCGUACCUCUUUAGCAAGGAGCUUGGCUCGUGGCUCCUGCUUACGGGAAGCGAGGACGCUGUUGCGCAGUGUUCAGACCACCACACGUCCAUGCCUGCAGCACCAGAUGGCGUGAAGAGUUCGACGCUGCCCUUGGGAUCGCUCCAGCACAACAUGUUCAGAGUUCCCCAGCGAGCCAAGUCGGUGUUUCACACUGGCCCCUCACUACAACAGGCUGGCACGCUCAGCUUCCUAGAUGGUCAGAUUGCGGCGUCCUUAGCUCUGCGAUCAUCCAGCGAGUACAAAUUCUGGACGCUCACAUUGGCGCGAUACCUCGCCACAGAAGGUUUGGAAACCCGACUAAAAGAUCUCUGCACGCAAUUUCUUGGUCCUGUGGGUGGCAACUCGCAGUCAUGGGAACCAACUAUACUGGGCUUGGACAAACGCGGGCUGCUGCAAGAGGUGUUGCCAUUUUUGGCCUCCAACUUGCGUCUACAACGGCUCUUCACAGAGUUCAAAGAACAGUUGGACAUGACCACCAGUGAUGGUCUGCUGCCAAAUGGUUGACUGUCAAUCAGCAGACCUAGGCAUCGCUGACUCACAUUUGUCAGGCCUGUUGUAUCAUAAACUGAGAAACUGUAACGCCACCAGGAGAGGCCCCCAUCGUGGAACUUCGACCGAUGCCCUCUGCAGCCUUCCUUCCUUUGGUAGUCACGAUCUUUCGCAUUGUGGUGGUACUGCCUGUUUGCCAUGACUGCUGCAAAGAGAAAAGAAAGAAAUGGUGAUUUUCUCAUUUGGGAAGUGUGUGUUACCAUUGCCACAUCCGAGAAACCUGUUUGUGUGGUGUGCCAGUGAUAGCAGUUCUGCCAGUUCUCGGCUGACAGUGCGGAUAGGAGUCGGAUGCAGGGUUAGCAUCGCCAAGCCAUCACAGGUGUUCCUGGAGCAGCAUGGAAGAACAGGGAGGACGCCACCUGUGGGAUCUUCAAAUUUUGCAUGGGAAGUCGUUGUGGACUUAAAUCUUUUUUUCUUUUUAACCUGUGCCCUACAUUGUAUCAGUCUGCCACUCAGAUACGCGACACAUCCAGUGAUUUACGUCAUCCUGUAUAGAGCCUCAUCAUUCAGGCCACAUUAGGUUUCAUAAUAAGCACUGU